CCCGUGUUUGCCAUUCUGUGUACUAAAACUGAUUGACAACUGACAGCCACCCGUGCCGAAUUUUAGUACACCGAAUUGUUUUCAAAACAACAACGAGGCUGAUCGGCUGAUUACAUGGAGACAGGGCACAGAGAUUUGUACAAAUCCAAAGCAUGGCGUGAAAAGAGUGCAGGAGAGAAGAGGGCCCUAUUUAAAAUUACUCGAGCACAGAAGAGGCAGACGCUCUUCUGCCAGAAUCGUGAAUUUGAUGAGAAUGCCGAGAUUCCCGUGACACCGGAAGUUAAGCAGAGGACACCCCGGAAGAGCUCCGUGAAGAAGAAAACCCCGUUUAAAGUGAAAUUCGAACGUUGGAAGAAAAAUCGCGAUGAUGCAAAAAGGAAAGCGAAAAAGGAGAAGAAGCCCCCGUUUGUACGAUCCGUGCGUCCUGGGAUGCUGCCACCGGUGAAGCCACUUGAGCGACGAGCCAAAUUCAAUCCACCAGCAAAGGUUAAACCCCUCCAGUUUGCCCCUAUUAAUGGGCAACCACCAAAAAUUGACUUGAACUUUGACUUCUCACUUGGGGGCCCCAUGACACGAUCCCGUGCCAAGCAGCAGAGGUUUUUCUUUGAAUAAAACACGCUUCACUCUCAA